AUGGUGGCACAGUGCCCCAUCAAAAUUGAGGGCGAUGACUUGAUCAAUCACCAGAGGGAUGGACGCCGUUACAACGACUUCCAAGAUCUCCUCAAGGCUCGGAAUAUACCGGUCGCUAACGAGGGCUGGGUUCCGGUGGAUGAGUUUGAAGAACGGAAAAGCCACCUCAUGGCUGUGGUUGGAGAAACUAUCGAGUCUAUGGAGUGUCAACAAGAACGUCUGGAGUUUAAGAACAGACUCCAGCAGUGGAACCUGACCAACCGGUAA